AUGGCUGCCCAAUCGAAGAUGCUCUCAUAUCUUACUUAUGUAAUGCGCUGGGUUGCGGGCACAGAGAACGCGGAUGCGUACGGCGACCAACUGCUCCUUUGCACCUUACGUCUUCUCCAAGACUGUCCUACAACUGCGAACGGGACGCGAAAGGACAUGUUGAUAGUAUUCCGUCAUCUAGCUGCUGGUGUGCAUCGGCGCGCAGUUCUUCCUCAUCUCGACAAACUGUUCGAAGAAAGUGUUUUGAUGGGUCAUGGACUAACAGGACGAGAAAUGUUCAGGUCUCCUACCUACAGCACCCUAGCCGAUUUAUUCCAUCACUCUCGAACCGAGCUCACACUUCCACAACUGACCCAUGUCGCCCUUGUGUAUUCUCGGCUAAUGCAUAAUACGGCAAUUCCAACUGGCAUUUUCCCGAUGUUUGGGAGAAUUCUCAUCAGUCUGGUUGAUGUUCUCGUCACUCAGGACAGGGUACCCGCCACCAAAAUCCUGCUCUAUUUGCUGGAUGCAUUCUUGGAUCGACUAGAAGCUCUUCAGGUUGUGUUGGACGACACUUACAGAGCACUCGAACGAGCGAAGAACAAUCAGACAGAGGAGAUAUACGACGCAACCUAUGUGGAAAAGUCUCGUCCGCUAGGUGGGGCCGCCUAUCUAACGGAAAAGCCAGAGGAAGUGAUACAAGACUCCCGUAAUCUCUUCAAAACACUGCUCCAUGCUGCUCGUACUCUGCUUACCUCGUUCAAGAAGAUCGGAGGGGAUGUCAUCGACGGCAGUCGUAUCAAUCGCUUGUUCGUUGCGUCUCUCAAGUGUAUGGUCCUACUCGAGGCAGGGAAUGAAGAUCCCAGCGAAUGGUUUGCUCUGGUAUUGAUAGAGCUUAACCUCCAUGUGUUUCAGGAAAUCUGGGCCCAAAACAUGGAGUUCUUCUUCCAAUGCGCUCCAAAACGAGCGUAUAUUCUGAAUCUUUGUCAAGCGAUUCUGACCAAAGAAUCAUACUCGCCGACUUUACUGGCUGCCAUUCUUCGCUUCUUGGUAGACCGUUUGCCAUUGUUUGGCGAAUAUGACGAAACCGCCGCCGGCGCCACUAUACGCUUGUUCAAGAUGGCUUUCAGCUCAGUGACGAUUCAUCAAGCGUCAAAUGAGCCUAUCCUUGCCUCACAUCUCCCUAAUCUUCUGAUGGACUGCUUUCCACUCGCUGCAAAAGCGACAAAGCCAACUCACUACCUCUACCUUCUUCGAUCGUUGUUUCGAGCGAUUGGUGGUGGCGGUGGAAAGUUCGAAAUCCUCUACAAAGAGGUGCUCCCUCUGCUCCCCGAAAUGCUGGAAAGCUUAAAUACGCAACUCCUCGCUUCAGAAGGACAGACUCGCGACCUCAUUGUCGAGUUGUGCCUGACUGUCCCGUUGCGCUUGACGCAUCUUCUCCCCCAUCUCUCAUAUCUCAUGCAGCCGUUGGCUUUAGCAUUGCGCGGGAAUCCUGAGCUCGUCGCUCAGGGCCUUCGAACUCUGGAACUGUGCAUUGAUAACCUGACUCCCGACUUUCUUGAUCCGACGCUGGGGACCGUUCUACGAGAACUCAUGCAAGCGCUCCACGGCCAUCUCAAGCCUCUUCCCGCUCCCCACCAACUUUCUCAUACAAUCAUCAGGAUCUUGGGUAAGCUGGGCGGACGCAAUCGAAAACUGCUACUGCUUGAACCCGAACUCGAAUAUCAUGACGCAGCUCUACCUGCCAAGAUUCCAGUCGCAUUCUCAGGCAGCGUCGAGAAGAUCGACAUAGGGCCUACCGCCUUACUUGCUUGUCGUGUCAUCAAAAAGGGCACGAGCAAGGACCGAGUGCAUGCAUAUAACUAUCUGGAAAGUUGUCUUGCGGCCCUACUGCACGAAGUAUUAACAUUAUAUUUCCCUUGCCCUAUCUCAUUACUGUUGCAGGGAAUCGUCGGGCGUAACGUCGAGACGACGUUUGUCCGUUCGCUGGAGGCCAUAUUCGACACACUCUACCUCAGCGAUCCUCCAGAAUUGAGCCCUCGGGCCGAAGAAUUUCUCCUCCAGGUGUCGCGCUCUGUCUUGGAAACUGAAGUUCUGAGAGGCCAGACCCGUGAAUCUGGCGCUCGCCCCAUCGCAAGCCCAUUGUUGACCGUCUUCCUCGACGCUUUGCCGUAUGCUCUUGCCCGAGAUCAAACGGAUCAGGCCGAAAAAGCCCUUGCGAUGGUCAAAGCUUUCAUAGCUCAGCUUGCGACGUUGAAUGCAUCCAACCCUGUGCCGUCGUUGGACAUUCUCAUGAUUCUACAUCAAUUGACACAUCGAAUGACCUCGUUGUGCCUUGACGACCCCUUGAUUCGCAAGAGAGCGGGCUAUCGUGGCAUUCGCUUAAUUGCUUCUACGUCCGACUUCGGGACCAAGUGGUUCGUUGAUCGCGAGUUCGACUUGGUUCGAACGGUGCUUCGGAUUUUGAAGGAUCUGCCACCCGGUUUGACCCGUGAUAUUGAUGAAGCGAUGGAGACUCUGUUGGCUGUUAUUCGGAUCAGCUAUGUCAACCUUGAAUUUGCCCACGAUGCAGCCAAGCAAACAAAACUCAUCAGUCUCAGCGGUAUCUUCUGUUCAGAAAUAUCUAGCCCGAAUCCCGUUGUUCGCACCGCCGCGCAAAACUGCAUUUCUCUUCUUGUUGAGCUUAGUGGACGCUCUGCCCAUUCCUUGUUGGAGCCCCACCGCGACCGUAUGUUAGGUGGCAUCUACACAAAGCCCCUGCGAGCCCUGCCGUUGACCAUCCAGAUCGGAAUGAUGGAGGCUAUUCGGUACUGCAUUUCGCUAGAGCCCCCGCUGAUCGAGCUCAAUGACGAGUUGCUUCGACUCUUGCAUGAAACUCUGGCCCUCGCCGAUACUGACGAUACAAACCUCGCCCCGCGAGGGCUAACCGCUCGGCAAACCAAUCAAGAUAUUAUCAAGUUACGGGUGGCCUCCAUCAAGCUAUUAACUGCAGCCAUGCCAGUCACCGAUUUCUUUUCGCGACAGCAUCAGACUCGUCAGAGAGUAACCAGUGUUUACUUCAAAUCGCUCUAUUCGCCGUCGCCCGAGGUCAAAGACGUUGCAUACGAUGGUUUGAAAAUGGUGUUGACUCACCAGAGUCGUUUACCUCGGGAGCUUCUCCAAACUGGUCUUCGCCCGAUCCUUAUGAAUCUUGCUGACCCCAAACGGCUUUCCAUCCCGGGUCUUGAGGGUCUUGCUCGUCUCCUCGAGCUUCUGACUAAUUAUUUCAAAGUCGAAAUUGGCCAUAAGCUUUUGGAUCAUUUCCGCAUUGUCGCAGACCCUCAACUCUUGAGCAGCGCUUCCAAGCUGACCGUCGCGGAGAACGAAGGGAUAACCAAGCUUGUAAGGCUGGCCAACAUUUUCCAUUUGUUACCAUCUGCGGCCAACAUCUUCCUCGAACCGCUUGUUAAUCUUAUCGUCCAAACCGAGUCUCAGAUGCAUUUCUCGGGCCGCACACCAUUCUCGGAGCCUUUAGCGCGAUAUCUCAACCGGUAUCCAGAAGAAGGGGUUGAAUUCUUCUUGCGAAAUAUUCUCUUGCCCUCGCAUCUCAGAACUCUACGCAGCAUCGUACAAGCCAAGCUCGCGCCACGCGUUGAGACUGAACUUGCAUCACGUGCACUAUCGCUUGUCUCUUUCCUUACAAGCGGUCAAGCAAAUCAAGUCAUCCCAACUCUUUCCCUCAUCUCCGAUCUGGUUCAACUCCGUCCUUCGUGGCUAAUCGAGAACGAUUUCGUCUUGGAUGUUGUGAUAGACCUGUGGCGGUCAGAAAUGCCGCAAUCGGACCAAAGCCCAGAGGCAUUCCCUCAGGUUAUCGAGAGGCACAAUCUAAUGCUGUCCAUCUUCAAAGCCGUCCUUUUGACUACUUCUCGCAUCGAUCUUGUUUUCGACAUAGUUGCUGUCUACACGCGCAACUUAGCUCUCGACCUCCUCAGAAUAACGCGUUUUCUGUACACUCAUGUGGCGAUGAGCGAAGACCCCAUGUUCCAACGCAACAUUCUCAUUCGUUUCUUGACAUGGUUUGAUGACCCCUCCUCCACCUGGGCACAUAAAAUGUAUUUUAUGCGUUAUGUUGUGACGCCCACCUUAUUGGUGCAAGCUCACCAUUCAACCAAAGACCAGCUUCUGGACGUUGACUCGGUCAAUCGACUCGCUCGUCUCAUCUGGUCCCCCCGGCCUGACGCGCCAACGGACGAUCUAUAUAAGGUAGAAGUUCUGCACCUUUCAACCGUGCUCGUGCAGCAUUAUAGCAACCUUUUGGACGUCGUACGCAAAGACAUCAUCAAGACAGCCUCGGCAUAUACCAAUCACGAAGACACGAUCGUGAAGCAAAUUGCGUUCCUAUUAACCGCUCGAUUCUUUGCUGCGUUUGCAACUCCUCCCAAAUUCCUGAUGAAGACUUGGAUUGGCUUAUUGCGUAGCCCUUCUGCCGAAGGACGUCCUCCCGUUCGACAGGAGGCUUUAGCAACGCUAAUGCCUGUCCUCAUCGCGUCCGAAGGUCUUUCGGAAAACGGCUUCCCCCAGUGGGCGUUGAGUGCACGUAAACUGCUUCUCGAAGAGGGUGUCGCUCAAUCGCUUACCAUUUAUCACCUUAUUUCGAAACAUAGCGCCUUGUUCUAUCCCGUUCGCUCGCUCUUCGUACCAAUUAUGGUCAACUCUCUCAACAAACUUGGGUUAAGUCUCACCGCGACACCCGAAUCUCGAAGUCUUUCAGUCGAAAAUCUCAAUGUCAUUCUCAAAUGGGAGGAGCAAGCUUCUCAGGCCUCUUUAGACGAUGAUAUGAGCGGAACCAAUGCAUGGAAGACUCCGCUCGCUCUCCGCGAAAACAUGGUUAGCCACGUGGUUCGCAUGUCGACAAACAUUGAUCCAACGCGAAACAUUCUUUUGCCGAAGACCUUAUCUCUGCUGCAAAAGAUGAUUGGGCCGCGCGGCUGGAAGGACGUGGAGUUCGGUCUUCGCUACUUUUUGAAAAUGCUGGACCCACCUGAUCUUACCAAUGACGUAGCGCUUGCACAAGCCAUUGCUUCUGCAAAAAUACUCAAUGUUAUCUCGACAGAGCAAGACGAUAGUUGGUAUACUGCGAAUGCGGAGAUUCUCCAGAAACUCGUUCGCAAAGGAAUGGUCACUGACGAAUAUACUCUCCACGACCAGCUGCACCCGAUAUUCACGCAUCUCAUCAAAUUAUUCCCCCUUCCAAAAGAGGACGAUGAGCAGCAGGAUGACCGCUCUGAAUUUCACACAUUCGUCCACAACUCGAUUUCGGAUGGGUUGCGGAACACAACAGCUUUACGUGGGACACUGCUUAUGCUCAAGUCCGUUGUGCAGGUCUCUCCUGAGCGAAUUGAGCCCUACUCUGCAAACUUGAUGAAGCUAUUGGGCAAGCUCGCCAAGGAGCACGUCAACUCGACGCCUGGGACGAAUGGUUUCGACAAUAGCGUUCGACUACUGCUCACCAUUCUCGACAUAUGCCAAUCGUCUGUUGCCUUCCUGGCCGAUCAACGUCGUGGGUUUUUGAGUACACUCGUGGUGCUUGUUGAGAAGUCCAAGAGCGCGCCGAUUUGCACCUAUAUACUCGAUCUCGCCAAAACUUGGGCGUUGGUCAGGCUUGAAGCGUAUCCCACCAUGAAGGAGAAAGCCAGUUUGUUGCAGAAGAUGGUUGCUUUUGAGUCACGGACCGAGACAAUCUAUCAAGCAUAUCUCGAGGUUAUCUAUCAGAUUUACACAGAGCCAGCUCUUCGUCGCAGCGACCUUACUGCCAGACUCGAACAAUCCUUCCUUUUGGGCUGUCGUGCGAAGGACACCGAGCUUCGGGACAAAUUCUUGGACCUUCUCGACAUCAGCGUCCCGCGCUCUUUGAAUAGUCGUCUGACGUACAUUCUUGGCGUUCAGAGCUGGGAUGCACUCGCUGACCACAACUGGACUUAUCUGGCCCUCAAUCUCUUGCUUAGUUCUGCUGAGGUUGAUAUUCCAAAUGCCAAUGAACGACGAGUGGCCGUCGUCUCCAUCCCAAGGCCCUCAACUCAGAGCUUUGUCCAGCCCAUGCAACGACUUCUAUUCCUUGAGCCCCGUGCCGCUCACGAAACGUGGAUUUCGCUCUUCCCCGCUGCUUGGGCCUCUUUAUCGCGACGUGAACAAACGGACAUCACUCAGCAUAUGAUCAACCUACUCAGCCGUGAUUACCACAUCAAACAAGCUGAUGUUCGACCGAAUGUCAUCCAAACGCUGCUCACAGGGAUACAUGCGUGCUCCCCACCAAUGAUAUUACCUCCCCAUCUGAUCAAAUACCUCGCGAAGACAUUCGGCGCCUGGUAUGUGGCUCUCGAAAUGCUUUCGACGUCAUUGCAUCAUAUAAGAGAAGACGAGAACACGAUCAGAGAGUAUGCGUUCGACUCGUUGGCCGACGUUUACGCCGAAUUGGCGGAGGAUGACAUGUUCUACGGGCUUUGGAGGCAUCGCUGUCUGCAUCUUGAUACGAACAUCGCCCUUGCUUUUGAACAGAAUGGGAUGUGGGAGCAAGCAUCAAAUGCUUAUGAGGCGGCUCAAAACAAGGCUCGUGCUGGGACGAUUCCCUUUUCGGAAGCCGAGUUUUGUCUCUGGGAAGAUCAUUGGAUUCUGGCGGCGGAGAAGCUGCAACACUGGGACAUUCUUCAAGACCUUGCAAAGUCAGAGGGGAACCAAGAACUGUUGCUGGAAAGUGCAUGGAGAACGACUCAAUGGCUGGACCAGAAAGAAGCCCUUGAGGAGCAGAUUAAUCAGCUCCCCGAAGUGCCCACGCCACGACGACGUGUCUUUGAAGCUUUCAUCUCCAUGCUCAAGCUUCCGGCAGCCCUGGAUAAGAACGUGGAGUUUACUAAGAUUCUUGAAGACGCUAUGCAGCUGUCCCUCCGCAAAUGGGUCGCUCUCCCGCCUCAGCUUUCUGCUGCUCAUGUCCCAUUGUUGCAACACUUCCAACAAUUCGUGGAGCUACAAGAGGCCGUCCAGAUUUUCGGCUCAUUGUCACUCACCACAGCGCACAAUCUCGAGAAAAAGUCUUCCGACCUCAAGAUGGUCCUCCAAGCCUGGCGUGAACGACUUCCUAAUCAUCACGACGAUAUAAGUAUUUGGAGCGAUUUGGUCGCUUGGAGGCAGAACGUCUUCCACGCCAUCAACCAUACCUAUAUUCCCCUCAUCACAAAUAACGGGGCAGGGAAUAACACGCAGACGUUUGGGUAUCGUGGCUACCACGAGACUGCCUGGAUCAUCAACCGCUUCGCUCACGUGGCUCGCAAACACGACCUCCUCGAUGUUUGUUUUACGUCGUUAACGAAAAUCUACACCCUUCCGAAUAUCGAGAUAUCUGAAGCGUUCCUUAAGCUGCGCGAGCAAGCCCGUUGUCAUUAUCAGAAGCCAAACGAUCUGCAGGCUGGUCUCGAGGUUAUCAAUAACACCAACCUUGUCUUCUUUUCUGUCGCGCAGAAGGCUCAAUUUUUCACUCUCAAAGGCAUGUUCCAUGCCCGCUUCAAGCGCAACGAAGACGCGAACAAUGCAUUCGGACAGGCUGUUCAGCUUGAAAUGACCCAGGCGAAGGCGUGGGCUGAGUGGGGAAAAUACAACGACAAUAUGUUCAAGGAAGUACCCAACGACUUGUCUUAUGCGGCCAACGCUGUCAGCUGUUACCUUCAAGCUGCUGGUCAGUACAAGAGCGGGAAAAGCAGGCCACUCAUUGCCCGCAUCCUCUGGCUCCUGAGUGUCGAUGACAAUACCCUGUCGAUUUCUCGCGCUUUCGACACGUACAAGGGCGAUGCUGCUUAUUGGUAUUGGAUCACGUUUAUACCCAAUUUAUGCAUGUCGCUCUCUGGUCGCGAAGUCAAACAGGCACGCUUCAUCCUGCUGAAUCUUGCUCGUCUUUAUCCUCAGGCUCUUUUCUUCCCUUUGCGAACAACACGCGAAGAAGCCAUGCAGCGCAAAGCACUUUUCAUGCGUCAAACAGCAGGUCAAGCGAACGCCACGACGGGCGGCGACCAUCCAAUGCCUCCUGUCAACGAAAAUGGUCAACAACCCGCCAAUCCCGCAUCCGCGACUGACCCUCAGUUCCCUCGACAAAUCUGGGACUACGUGGACGAACUUGUUCAAUUGCUCAAGAGUGCUUUCCCACUUCUCGUUCUCAACCUAGAAACCAUCGUCGAUCAAAUCUGCACCAAGUUCAAAUUAUCCAGCGAGGAGGAAACCUAUCGCCACCUUUGCAUGCUACUGCAAGAUGCCCUUCAGGGUUACGCAUAUCGACUAAGCUCACCGUAUGAAGAUGAGCCACUGCCUGCUUAUGCAAUCCAAACUAUGCAACGUUUUGCGUCCCUGCUUGCUCCCCACCUCAAGAAAGAAUUUGAUGAGGCAUUCACACCGGCCCUGACGAUGCACGAGUACAUCAAGAAAUUGACGCAAUGGAGAAUCAAAUACGAGAAGAGUCUUGAUCUUCGACCGCACAUCCAGCCUCUGGACACCCUCAGCUACUAUCUUGCAGAGUUCCAUUAUCUUCGAGUGGACGAGAUCGAGGUUCCAGGACAAUACACUGAGGAAAAGGACACCAAUUCCGGCUUCAGCCACAUACAAAGGUUCGGGCCUAGAUUUGAACACUGUCGAAUACCAGGCGCAACUUGGAAGCGCAUCGUCAUUCAUGGGAGCGAUGGUUCAAAAACAGCCUUUAGCGUCCAAAUGAACAUCACUCGGUAUGCCAGACGAGAAGAAAGGGUCAUGCAGCUUCUCCGGUCAUUCAAUGGUGCUUUGGCCCGGAAGAAGGAAAGUCGCAAGCGAAAUCUUGCAUUCCAUCUCCCUGCCAUGGUAUCUUUAAGCCCCGUCUUCCGUCUUUAUCAAGUCGAUUCAACCUAUGUCUCUCUGGCCGAAAUCUAUGACCAACAUUGCGACGACAGCGGCUUACCCCGAGAAGAUAUCAUCCUAUAUGCAGGCGAUAAGAUUCGUAAGGUUCUUCGCGAGUACGAGGCGCAAACGGGCAAUACUACUACAAAAGUUGAACAGAACGCUGUGAGGAAAGAGAUUAGCGAUGAAAUAGCCUUGAAAAUGGUUCCUGAUGAUGUUUUGACCAAGUAUAUGAUGCGGACGAUGGAUGGACCCAGUGCACUAUGGCGAAUGCGAAAACAAUUUGCGCUGCAAGUUGCCGCUUGUAGCUUCAUGACCUACACACUUUGCCUCACCCAUCGCAUUCCCAUCCGCUAUCUGAUCUCAAGAUCCAGCGGUCAAAUUGCCAUGACCGAGCUCGUUCCAGGUCUAGCGAAUCAGAAUUACCCAUCAACUGGCUCACAGAACGUAGGAACAGCAACAAAUUUGCCCAUUCUCGCCACCGGCGACGCCGUUCCUUUCCGCCUGACCCAAAACAUGCAGGGCUUCCUGGGCCCUAUUUUCACUGAGGGUAUUCUCACUUCGGGGAUCAUGACGAUUGGCCGGAGCUUGACAGAGCCAGAGUUUGAUCUCGAGCAGCAGCUAUGUCUUUUCAGCCGGGACGAAGUGGCCACGUGGCUUCGCACACACCAGGCUCCAUGGGACAAUCUCCGCAAGCUGGUUGCAGGGAACAUCGAUGGAGUGGUCAAACGCGCCGAAACCAUGGCAUGCAAACUUGAGCGUGAGCAAGUAGCUCAGAAUCCAAACGCUCCUGUCCUCGCACCAGUGGUGCAAACAGUGACAAACCUCAUUUCGACAGCAACUAAUCCGAUCCAACUCAGCAAGAUGGGAGAGACAUAUUUACCUUGGUUCUAG